GGCAUCAGGAAGUGGCUCCAAAGUUUUAAGUGUUUAAGCAGACGCGGCGAGAAGUGUUUAGCGGCGCGGUAAAGAACAUUGUCACCUGGAGCAGAGGGAGGGAGGGAGCGUGCCUGCUGCUGCUGCCGUGCCUGCUGAGGGCGUUAAAUGAAGGAGAACUGACCAUCAUGCUGCGCUUUCGUCUGCUGCUGCUACUUCUACUAAGACUCUCUGUCUGCCUGGAGGAGGGCGAGGGCGAGGCGGGCAGCGGGGUGGAGGUUGAGCCGCGCUUCCUACACGAACAGCUAAGCCUCAACGUGUCCGUCCAGCUCGGCUCCACGGCCUACCUGCACUGCCGCGUCGAGGGAAUCAACGACCAGAGCGUGUCAUGGUACCGGAAGUCAGGUGAUGAGAUCCAGCUCAUUACCUUCGAUUUCCAGACGUACCACAACGACGACAGGUUCGCCGUCACCUUCGCCCAACCCAACGACUGGCGGCUGAGAAUUCGAUUUGUGCAACGGCGUGACGAGGGGAGUUACCAAUGUCAGGUGUCCACGCAUCCACCACUCAUCCAUACCGUGCAUCUCCAGGUCGUGGAGGCCUCCAUACAGAUCCUGGACGAGCGUGGCGUGGAGCUGCGCGAAAAGUUUUACCGCGAGGGUUCGACGAUGGAGCUGCAGUGCCUCGUGGCGGACGUGCCCACCGCCACGGCCCUGCAGCUAUCCUGGUACCACCACCACCACAGGCUCAACUACGACGACCCCCGCGGCGGUGUGAGCCUCAAGACGGAGCUGCGCGGGUCCGUGGCUCGUUCGUGGCUCCGUGUCAGCCAGGCGGGACGACGGGACUCCGGCGUCUACUACUGCAACGUGACCAACCUCGCCGCCGCCAGUGUGACCAUCCACGUGGUGCCCGACGAGUACCCCGCGGCCAUCCAGGGCGCGCCGACCCCCUCUCUGUGCGGCCUCACCCUACUGGCCUCCCUGCUGACCUCUCUGCUGACCGCCGGAUGGCCCCCUCACAGAUAGCAGACGGCCCGCCAUUUGCCCUGCCUACCGUAGCGCCCCUCAGCAAGUCAAGUCGGAGAGAGAGCGAAGACAACGCAUUCUCGGUUCCACACACCGCUACAACACGAACGAGACACGACACCAAUCAAACGAAUCAAACUUCUUCCAGACCCAAACAUAUCUUUUAUACCAAGCCUUCAUCUUUUCCCAACAAGACGUUCUCCGUUGCACACACGCUACAGCACAUCACAAAGCAACACGGACAUGACACGGAAAACUCGAGAGGGAAGCCUGGCAACACGAGGACAGCAUCGUGAGGAGCAGGUGUCCCGCGGGUGUUGGUUUUCUGUAUUGUUUUUAGUCGCUGUCUCUCAAGCCGGGCUCCAUGGUUCCCCGGGGGGCCACAACGGAAUCUUAGGCGGGCCAUAGAAGACGGUGCUGUAGUGCUAGAUAUGGAAUGGGGUUUUUUUUAUCAUUGUCAGAGGGGAAUAUAUUCUUUUCUAUUGUAUGAUUGUUUGGCUAUUUUUUGUCUGUUUGGUGGAGUUAUAUGAAGAGUAGCGAAUAGUUCAGGGCAAAUUCCGCGGCCUCUAAAAUUAUUGUGCUAACCGAGACCUCUGAAGAGAAAAAUACUGACUAUGUUGGUAUUCAUUGAAUCAGCCAAAUCCGAGGUGAGGUCACACUCGGACUCCUUAACACCAUUUCUAACUACGUACUUAUUUGUGUGGCUGGUUCUCUGCCCUUCCUCAGACAGAAUAAACAAACAGGUUGGAUGUGGAGCCGGGUAUGCGAUUCACUUUAUCUGUGGCUCCCUUGGAAUCAGUAAACUAACAAAGUAAACAUUGUCAUCCAUCAUCCUGAACUGUGACAAAACCAUUCUGAUUGACGACUGUCCACAUUAAGAGGAAUAUCACAGUACUUAUAAUGUUUUUCAUUCUUAUUUUCCAGGGGUCUGGGAGAGGUAAGCUGAAGGGGGUCACAAGAGAGACAUCAUCUCAUUAGGGACACUGCAUUAACACAGAGAAAAAUCCCGUAAUGAACACGACUGAGUGCCGGGAACUUGUACUCAGAAGGUCAAAGUUCGAACCCCGGCACUCAAUGGUGUUCAUUACGACACAUGAUCUCGUGGGAAUAGAGGGAAAAAAGUUGUUUUACGCGGAAACGGUCGUGGGCACAAAAAUGCUAUGUCUGUUAGUCUCCGGAGGGGGACAGCUGUCACACAACACAACGCGUCAAAAACAAACCAAAAAAUGUGAGUUGUGGGGAGCCUGUUGGGGACGGCUGCCCCUCGCAACGGUGUCCCGAAGGAAGAAAUGCUCCAGUGCUCACAGCCACAGACACAACCACAAACAGACACAAAUACAGACACAGAUGCACAGACAUACACAGACACAUACACAGACACAGCAAAGACAACCAGACACAGGCACAGACAAAGACAGCCAAACACACAGAUACAUACACAGACAAAGACACAGACAAAGACAACCAGAAACACACACACACACACACACACACACACACACACACACACACACACACACACACACACACACAGCCAGAACAGUAAUCAAUAACACUCCGUCAGCCGCAGCAAAGGCCACCCCAACACUUCAUCUGCUCUGCUCUGAGGGGGCGCCGCACCCACCCAUCCCGACACCUAAGGGUAAAGCAAACCAAACCCGCAGCCACGCCUAUCAUGACGCAAACGUUCGGGGUCUGAGGGAGAGCGGCGCCGACCUCGUCUGAAAAUUUAACCUACACGCACUUGGAAACACUGACAUACGAAACAUGACCACUUAGCGAACUCCGAUGUCGAGGUCGAGGUGUUUUUAUGUGGCUGUGUGAAGAGAGUAUCACCAGAAUCGCUAAUUAGGUUUGUGUUCUCAGACGCUUCCAGCUCUCACUACAAACAUUUCCAAAGGGCCACAAAGGAGAAAAGUCUGGUUCUAAUGAGUGGUUCUUAAGUUAACGGUGCAGAAGCCUUGUCAAACUAUCACUAGGCACAUAAGACUAUCCAUAGAAAUACCCAAAACGAUAUCUACCAAUGCCUUUUUUAAAUGUGAGUGUGACAGGACCCUAUUCUCAGACGCUCUAGGUUCUCACUAUAAUUAUUUCUAAGGGCCACAGUGGAGAUUAGUCGUGUUCUGAUGAGUGAGUGGUUCUUACGUUAACGGUGCAGAAGUCUUGUCAAACUAUCACUAGGCACAUAAAGUUACCCUUCGAAAUACCCACAACAACCUCUGCCAAAGCCUUGUUAAAUGUGAGUAUGACAGGACCCUAUUCUGAAGACGCUCUCGGCUCACUAUAGAUUUUUCCAAGGGACGCAAUGGAGAUUAGUCGGGUUCUCAUGAGUGGUUCUUACUUUCACGGUGCAGAAGCCUUGUCAAACUAUCACUAGGCACAUAAGACUAUCCACAGAAAAAGUACCCAAAACGAUAUCUACCAAUGCCUUAUUAAAUGUGAGUGUGACAGAACCCUAUUAAUUUUCUCAGACGCUCUAGGCUCUCAUUAUAAAUAUUUCCAAGAGCCACAGUGGAAAUUAGUCGAGUUCUCAUGAGUGGUUCUUACGCUCACGGUGCAGAUCCCUUGUCAAACUAUCACUAGGCUCAUGAAACUAUCGAUAUACAAUGUCAAUGUCAAUUAGGUAAGUAAGUAUAAAGGUGAGUAACUACCUCUCUAAACUAAGAUAUGGAGAAGCUAAUAGUAAAAAAAAAAACAGAUUCUAUACUAACAAAUCAUUCCCACUAACCUCUACCAAAGGCUUACCAACUGUGGGUGUGUGAGCCACGAAAUGAUUGAGAAUGUGAGCCGAAGUACUGUAACGUGUCAUUUCUUAUCCGAAUUUUUGGACGGUAGCGGCCAUAUAGUCUGCGUCAGAAUUUACCUGGUUGUGACUUUGUGUUGUUCUGCCUUUCUUACGGGACGUGUAUGCCCUGUCUCUCUACUGGUUUGCAGCGCGCACUCUUGAGCGGGGAAGGUUACUUUAUCCUAAGUUCGGUAAGACUUAAAUAGAGAAAAACAAACAAAAAGAAAGAUAUAAAGCAAACAACCUCAGCAUUGAAAUUAAAAUACACAAAACAAUCAAUAAAAAUACAGCAUUGAAAUUGAACACACUCAUCUACGUUCUUAUAGGGUAGCAGUCAUCAGCGGGGUUUGAUUUUCCAUUUAGUUUUGCCCUUGAGCUGCUAUCUUUGCAGUAAAAAAAAAAAAAAAAAAAAAA